GGAGGUUGCAGUUUGACUUAGUUCUUCCCAUUGUCAGUUAGCUGUGCUUGGUAGCGACGGAGGAGGCUAACUUGAUUGUUCUAGCUCUCGAUGAAAGCACCAAAUGAUGGAGUAUUAACUCCUAGAUUCUAGAGAGAAGGGAGAGCUAGAGAGAGAAGUGAAUUGUAUUAAUGAAUUUUGUGAACCCUUACAACUACUCCCAAUGAGAGUAUUUAUAGAGAAAAUUAGGGCUGAGCUCCCAAGUCUUGGGCUUGGGGGGCCCAUUUACAACAUGACCACUAAUGGGCCGGAUACAAAGUGUAUAGAAAUGAUAAGUAUAAAAUCUUGUUCUAGAGGCUAUCUAUGGAUGACGAGGGCACGGCCGACGAGGUCACCCGGUUCUCCGGGCUUCUGGAUCAUAUUCUGGGUGGCCUUCUUUCUGGCCGAUGAGGGCAUGGCCGAUGAGAGCAUGGCCGAUGAGAGCAUGGCCGAUGAGGGCACCCGGUUCUCCGGGCUUCUGGAUCAUAUUCUGAGUAGACCUUUUCCUGGCCGAUGAGGGCAUGGCCGAUGAGAGCAUGGCCGAUGAGGGCACCCGGUUCUCCGGGCUUCUAGAUCAUAUUCUGAGUAGACCUUUUCAUGGCCGAUGAGGGCAUGGCCGAUGAGAGCAUGGCCGAUGAGAGCAUGACCGAUGAGAGCAUGGCCGACGAGGUCACCCGGUGAUCGUGGUACCUUCUGUUCUUCUGAGUAUGUGGGUCCUGGGGCCUAGACCCAUAUACUCCAUCAGUACAUACAUUAAUAUUUGGGCAAGAAAGUUGUGCUUCCUUUUCACAAUUAUCUCCUCUUCCUUCUAUAAGUUUUAUUUUCCAGUUCAUUUAUGUAGCAGCUCAAUGGGCUAUUGAAGCUGGUUUCAGGAACUUUGAAGUGAAGACUGAUUCGCUAGCUCCAUCCUGCUCAUUCUUUCCGCUGAUUCUGAAGGCUUCAGGAGCAUUAUUAGCAAGCUUCAACGGUACAUUCACAAGGCUAAGAUCAGUUUUCGCCAUAGCUAUCGAGACACCGGUUUGGUUGCUCAUCUUCUAGCUCAGACAGUUUCUUUAUCUGGAAGUGCUAUUUUUUUCCAACAUGUUCGCCUUCCGGAUAGAGUAUAUGUGGUGCUAACAAUUUGGAUAGAUUGAGCAUUCUCAUUAGAUUUGUACCGCUACUUUAGGUGGUUUUCUUGGAGAGGUUUUGGCCUAUAUGUCCCCCUCUCAUUUGUAUUUUUCUG